AAUAAAAUUUUAUAUAUUUAUGUGUAUAUGUGUGUAUAUGUUAUUUGUAUUUCGCCAGACCGGAAGUGUAACGGCAGUUCACUUCCGGUUUGUGAUGUCACCUAAAGGGGAUGUUCUGGUUAUGUUUGUGAAUUUGUCAAUUUUUCUGUUUGAAGGGGAGGAGGUAAUUACACUAUUUUUCACUAUUUAAGAGUGGUUUGCACACCAUAAUAUUGUUCUGAAGAAGAGAAUUGUGUUCCCCCAAAACGUAUAAAAUAAACUUGACAUUGUUUGGCAAAAAUCCUGUGGUAUUACUGUUAUCUGAUUGAGACAUAUACAUAUGUAUACACAUACACACACACACACUCAUAUAUAUAUAUAAAAAAAAGAUAAAUUAAAAGUAUGUAAAGAGUACUUUCUGUAUAGUGAGAUUCCCUGUGACUGUAGAUGUGCUUAAUAAUGGGUUUUGUUGAUCACCGUUUGCUGUCACACUUUAUAAGCUUUUAAUAACUACUGAAGCCAUCUCCUGUCUGCUGUUUGUUUGAAUUCCUUUUGUAAUGGUUAGACUUUCACAUUAGUAUUUCUAGACUUCAAUCCUGAGUCUCAGAGAGAUGAGUUUUAAAAGAAUUGUCACCACAUUAAAACUACUCCACUUGUUAAUCCUAUUGUUACUGUUAUGUUGUAACACACAUUACUACAUAGCAAUGACAAUUCACCCAAUCUCUUCUCCUUUCCCUCCAGGUGAGGAGAUUCGAGAUCUGGAGCUGGGACCAGAUACCCUGAUGCACCCCUCCUCUGACCCGCCGUCUUAUAUGGAUCGGCUGGCGUGCAGCCUCACAAAGCGCAAACGCUCAACACCUCAGAAAUUUAUGGGAGAGAAACAGAUGCGCCUGAGCCUGGCUGACCUCCCAUAUGACAUGAACUCCAGCUUUGAAAAGGAUGUAGAGAUGGUUCCUCACCACCCCAUGGACCCUGCCUAUGGCAAUGCUUUGGCAUUUGUGGGUGGUCCCAUGCGUUUGCCACCAACAAACUGCAUCUCUGAAAUCACACCAGUCAUCAGCACAGUCUAUACCCAACUCCAGCCCAUGCAAAGUCGGCCUGAUAUGCCAGGCAAUCGAGAAGCAGCAGAGGGCCACGAAGACCUUCCUGAUGGAACUCAGAUUCAUUAUAGAGGCCGCAGUGAACCUGGUGCCUCUCCUGCUAAUGGCUGCCAGGACUCUACCACAGACACAGAAAGCAACCAUGAGGAGAGGGGCUCCCAGGCCACUAGCAGCCGACAAAGCCCAGCCUAUGCCAAAGAGGACCAGAGACCAACUGAGGCAGGAGUAGGACUCAUCUCCCGCUCUGCUCCUGGCACUGCCAAAGAAACCCUCCGGGUUCUGGGAGAGGAUGGUGAGCAAGUGAAGUUUUUCAAAUGUGAGCACUGUCGAGUACUCUUCCUAGACCAUGUCAUGUUCACAAUCCAUAUGGGCUGCCAUGGCUUCAGAGACCCUUUUGAGUGUAAUAUUUGUGGCUAUCACAGCCAGGACCGAUAUGAGUUCUCCUCACAUAUUGUGAGAGGGGAGCACAAGGUUUAACGGAGGAGUUGUGGGAUGAGCAUAGGAAGCUGUACUCACCCCAAUAUGGCACAGAUGCACAGUCAUGCCACAUGGCAGUCAGAGGUUUACGGCCUGCCCUUGAAGGACCCUGCCUCCUCAAAUGUUCUUAAUCCUUUGUCUUAAGGAGAGUGGGAUACAGAAAUUCUAAGCACUUUUUUUAAAAAAAACUUUUUUUCAGUCCUUAUUUAGCACUACUGUAAUCUACAAACCAUUUUUUGCCAUAGGAAAAUAAACACUUUCUUCCCAACAACCUCAAAAAUUAUUUUACGUUCUGGCACAUGAACAUGGAUAUUAAAGUGGAGAUAUGCAGGCUAUACUUCUUUUGUUUUGCUGACCAUACAAAUGGUAAAGCACUACAGGGGAGUAAAGUGAGAGAAUAUUUCAAGAUCAUUAACUCUUGCACUUAAAUUGCCUCAUUGUCUCUUGCAGUACAUCCACUGUUUCAAAUAACACACCGCUGAGAACACAAGAGUUGCUGAAAUAUUGUUGUUUGAGUUUGUUAUUCAUUAUGUAUCCCCCAGGCAAAAAAUACUUGAAUUUCACAGCUAGGGUUGCCCACAUAUCUCCAGAGGAGUGCAAGAAAGAUUAAGGGCCAGCAUAAUUCUUGAGAAGGGGUGAGGGGAUAAAGAGAGGCCUUUCUCAGCACCUUGAGGGAGAAGGGUUUAAAAAACACCUUUUUUCCUCCGCUUUCAAAUUAAUGGCAUGCUCUCCCUCCCUCUCCAUUUCAUUUGUAAUCUCUUUUGCACUGAAAACUGACUGACAAAACAGUGAGGUGUUUGCAGACUGGAAAAAAGCAUACUACCAAGAACCCCCUGACAGAUCCCUCACUGUUUCUUUUUUAUAUGAAAGUUAUUUAAAUAUUGUUAAUUAUGAAAUGGAGUAUGUUUUCCCCUAUGUAUUUAUUCCUCCCUUUACAACUGAAGUGGCCUGUUGUUCAUUGCAGUGCAGUGACCUACAGGCUCUUCGGCAGUGAAGUGGUAAAACCUUUUAAAUGCUUUGUUUAAUCCAGAAUUUGUAUAUCCUUAACAAUUUUACCAAUGUUUUGUUAUUUUCAGACACUUUUCAUUGUUGCACAUAGGAACAGGCACACUUAAUGAUUACUGGAGGACCUGACCAUCUAAAGAUUUUAAGCAGAUACCAGUAGAUAUGUUCUUAGCCCCGUAGAUCAGUCAUGUAAAAUGUUUUAUUUAUUUUUCUAUCACAGGGGACUUAAGAAACAAUAUAAUUUCUAAAGACCAAUGUAUAUUCCUUGCGAAAUGUCUAGAACUUUUGUUUAUUCUUCCAUUACUUGUUUUUAAGUUAAAAUUAAGUUUUCUUUAAGCAUAUCUGUAAUGCUUACCGCUUCUUUAGUGUUCCAUAGCAUAUGAGCCAGCAUGGGCCUAUAUACCUGUAUCAAAGCUGCAGCUAAUCCUAAAACACUUUAAAUUUAGCUAUUUUCCUAAUAGGUGUUACCAGAAGGUCCAAGUGUUGUGCAAUUCUAUCUUUUCCCAUGAAGUCUGUUACUUUUUAUUUAUAACCAUUCCACGUUUUCAAAUUUGUGAGAGAAAAUAGGGCGGUUGUCAUGGACAGGAAUAAAGGUUAAAGUGAUUGUAAACUCUCCCAUUUAUAAAAUCAG